GGCGCGGCGCGGCCGGAGCGCCCCGCAGCCAUGGGAGAUGGGUGGCUGCCGCCCGACUGCGGCCCCCACAACCGCUCCGGAGGCGGCGGGGCGACGGCGGCGCCGACCGGGAACCGUCAGGUGUCCGCCGAACUGCUGUCGCAGCAGUGGGAGGCGGGCAUGAGCCUGCUGAUGGCCCUGGUGGUGCUGCUCAUCGUGGCCGGCAACGUGCUGGUGAUCGCGGCCAUCGGGCGCACGCAGCGGCUGCAGACGCUCACCAACCUCUUCAUCACCUCGCUGGCCUGCGCCGACCUGGUGAUGGGGCUGCUGGUGGUGCCCUUCGGGGCCACGCUGGUGGUGCGGGGCACCUGGCUGUGGGGCUCCUUCCUCUGCGAGUGUUGGACGUCGGUGGACGUGCUCUGCGUGACGGCCAGCAUCGAGACCUUGUGCGUCAUCGCCAUCGACCGCUACCUGGCCAUCACUUCGCCUUUCCGCUACCAGAGCCUGAUGACCAGGGCUCGGGCCAAGGGCAUCAUCUGCACCGUCUGGGCCAUCUCCGCCCUGGUCUCUUUCCUGCCCAUCAUGAUGCACUGGUGGCGGGACGAGGACCCUCAGGCACUCAAGUGCUACCAGGACCCGGGCUGCUGCGACUUCGUCACCAACCGGGCUUACGCCAUCGCUUCGUCCAUCAUCUCCUUCUACAUCCCCCUCCUCAUCAUGAUCUUCGUGUACCUGCGGGUGUACCGGGAGGCCAAGGAGCAGAUCAGGAAGAUCGACCGCUGCGAGGGCCGGUUCUAUGGCAGCCAGGAGCAGCCGCAGCCACCCCCGCUCCCCCACCAACAGCCCAUCCUCGGCAACGGCCGCGCCAGCAAGAGGAAGACGUCCCGUGUCAUGGCCAUGAGGGAGCACAAAGCUCUGAAGACAUUGGGUAUCAUCAUGGGGGUGUUCACCCUCUGCUGGCUCCCUUUCUUCUUGGUGAACGUUGUCAACGUCUUCAACAGAGACCUGGUGCCGGACUGGCUCUUUGUUUUCUUCAACUGGUUGGGCUACGCCAACUCCGCUUUCAACCCCAUCAUCUACUGCCGCAGCCCGGACUUCCGUAAGGCCUUCAAGAGGCUGCUCUGCUUCCCCCGCAAAGCGGACAGGCGACUGCACGCUGGCGGCCAACCCGCCCCGCUGCCCGGGGGCUUCAUCAGCACCCUGGGCUCCCCUGAGCACAGCCCGGGGGGGAUGUGGUCUGACUGCAACGGGGGCAUGCAGGGUGGCAGUGAGUCGAGCCUGGAGGAGAGACAUAGCAAAACAUCCCGCUCGGAGUCCAAGCUUGUUCGUUGUAAUUACAGAUGGACAGGGAAAAAAAACACCCUGGCAACAACAAGAUCUUACUGCACAUUUUUGGGGAACGGCAGCAAAGCUGUUUUUUGCACAGUAUUAAGGAUUGUAAAGUUAUUUGAAGAUGCUACUUGCACACGUCCACACACCAAAUUAAAAGUGAAAUGGAGGUUUAAACAACACCAAGCCUGCAAGUGAUUUCUGGUUUUGUCUGAUCUGUUAUGGUUUUAUUGAGAGAGUGACUUUUUAUAUUAUUUUAUGAAGGUACUGUAAAUAGAUCUGUGUUAUAAAUUAAAAUAUCUGAAGGGACUUCUAUUAUUUUUAUUUCCAA